AUGAAGGUGGUGAUUGAAGUCUCUACUCAGCCAGUUCUACUAAGCAUAGGGUCAACUUCUAGGUCCAUUCCUCCUAUCUCAGUUCCAACCCCAUCUAUCAACCAAUUUGAACCAAUUGAAAUUUCAAAUUCCACCCAACAGCUAACCCCUACCAUCCCUAAUCUAGUUUCCAUGCCUGCCACAUCUGCUCUACCCAACCAAAGUAUAAAACCUAUUCAAGUACCCCUUCCAACCACUAGUUUAGUCCUUGUUCCAAAAUGUACUCCAAUACCAUUACCCAAUUCACAACCCAGCAAAAUAUCCCAACACAAGAUUAGCUUAAAGAAGAAACCAGUAACCAAUGAGAAGGUGGUAAAGAAAAAGGGUGCUGCAUUGAAGAAAGAAGUGAAGAAAGAUAGUUUAGUACAACCACUGGAAAGAGUUAUAUUACCAGGCUACGAGAGUGCAAAGGAUAGUACUUGUGCAUUACUUAUGCCUGUGAAUUUUGUGAAAAAGGCUAAACAUUUGGUUGCAACUGCUGCUGCUACCUUUGGUAAAGGUGCUGCAAGUACUGACAAUGAACAUCUAACUACUACAAAUAAAGUUCAAAAUGAAAGCAAUGCAACUGAGAUUGAGCUUGAUAUGAGCCAACCUAAUGUUGAUGUACAACCCAGGGCAAGGCCAACAAAGUUUUCUCCUAAAAGAAGACACUCUGUUAAUGCACAACCUAAGCCACCAAACACUACACCAGUGUCAAUUACUCCACCAGCCACCACUAUUCCAGUUUCAAAUACUUAUCUAACACCCAUUGCUCAUGUUUCAAGUACUCCACCACCCACUAUUCCAGUUUCAAGUACUCCACCACCAACAAAUGUUUCUAUUGAUUUAAUGAUUGGUGCAUUAGCUUAG